UUUCGCAGCGCAGCACAGCGACUGCUGAUUACACAUGUAAACAGACGACCGAUGCGCACUGAUUUGUGACACACCUCUUCAUUGAAUAUUGAAUAUUGCAUCACUCCGACCCUGCCCUUGCUCUAGCCUAACACAGUAACACACAAUAAAAGUUGAAUGGUUGCUGUGAAAACUUUGAGAUCGUGGGCGUAUUCAUUAUCUAGAUCUAGAUCUAGGAAGAGUGAUUCCUGGAAUUCAGGUCACAAUAUUUCUCUGUUUAUUUCGUCACAUUGGCGGAGCCUCUUUGGAAUAAAGGAAAAAAUGGCUGAUACAAAAUUUCAGUAUUUUUCUUAUGGGAGUAAUUUACUAAGAGAGAGGAUACUGGUGAACAAUCCUUCUGCAACAUUUCAUGGAAUCGGAAAAUUAAAGGGCUUUAUACUGACGUUUGACACCCCAAAAGAUGUAGGUGAUGACUUGUGGUUGGGCGCUACAGCCACCAUCCGACCAGGCAGUGUGGACGACUUUGUGUGGGGGGUGGUGUGGGAUAUGGACUUGGAACAUCUGAAGACACUGGACGAACAGGAAAUGGGCUACCGAGCCUACGAGGUGACUGUUGAUGUUGACGGCCAACCAGUCCCGUGCCGGACCUAUGAAAUGUGUCUCGAGCCUAACGGUAACAAGCUGCCCAGCCCAUACUACCUCAAGGUCAUCAUCGAUGGCGCCAAGCAGAACGGUCUCCCGGCGGAUUACAUCACAUUCCUGGAAUCUUUCCCCCACAACGGCAACAAUACUCCCCCGCCUAGGUAUAUCAAAGUGAUGGAGAUGAUAGAGAAGUUCAGAGGUCAUCACAUCAAUGGAACCAUUCCAAAAGAAUUAUGAUGAUUGUAUUUUUUGUUUAUUAUUUUAAGGUGUAUUUAAUGUUUAUGUUGUUUCUCUCCUAUCUAGGUGAAUUGUUUUACAUGAUUCCAUUAGUGUAUAAAAUACAUACAUAUAUUAAGUUGAUGUCAAUGUGUAUAUAGAUGUUAACAUAGAUUCUACAAAAAAUAUGUUGAUUUCAUUUCUUUGAACACUGAACAAAUUUUUAAAGAUGUUACUUUAUAGAAUGUUAAAUAAAUUACC